GAGCCUGCGGAGGAAGAACCAGAACUGUUGGGGUGACACAGUCCGUCGAGGAAAGCACCCUGAAGCGUAGACAGAUGAGACGAAUACGAAAAACUUCCGGACAAACACUUACUAACAGAACAAAAUACCGCACAGUCGGGACAGCGAGGGGCCGCUGCGUCUACACGUGCCGCCAUAAUUUUAUGAAACAAAAAAACACACAAGAGUGCACUUUGAGAGACGACCUUCAUUUUUAGGUACUCUUUUAACACCAGCGUUACGAAUCAACCAAAACACGUGAACACACCAGAGUUCACAGAACCACAACAAAUGGGUUAGUUGUGAAAGCAGAAGACUAACUGGACCUUGUGAGAGCCAAGAUGACAAAGAUCAUGGACCUCCUCAACAUUCUGGAUGAUUUAAGAGACAAUGAAUUUGAGAACUUCAAGUGGUUCCUGAAGUACGAAAAGGUGGGUGACAUCGAACCCAUCAAAGAGAACCCACUGUCAAAGGCAGAGAGGCGGGACACGGUGGACCUGAUGGUGCAGAAAUAUGAAUUUGCUGGAGCGGUUGAAGUGAUCAAGAGCAUUUUAAAGAAGAUCAGCAGGAAUGAUCUGGUGAGGAAGUUGCCAAAUGUCGGCUCAGGAGCAGAAGAAGAUAGUGGUCUGCACAAGGUUUCAGAUAUAUAUAAGUUCAGACUGAGAAGGACAUAUCAACAUGUGACUGAAGGAAAUGAUAAAGCAGGAAGUAGAACUCUCCUCAACAGGAUCUACACUGAGCUCUACAUCACAGAGGGAAAGAGUGAAGAGGUUAAUACCCAACAUGAGGUGAGGCAGCUUGAGACAACUUCCAAGAUGGAGACCCUCCAUGACACUCCAAUCAAGUGCCACGAUAUCUUUAAAGCCUUACCUGACCAACAUAGACACAUUAUCAGAGUCGUUCUGACAAAUGGUGUCGCUGGCGUUGGAAAAACCGUCUCAGUGCAAAAGUUCACUCUGGACUGGGCAGAGGGCUUGGAAAACCAAGAUGUCGAUCUAGUGAUUCUGCUUUCAUUCAGGGAGCUGAACUUGAUCAAAGAUGAGCAGUACAGUCUUCUCAUGCUGAUCCAUGAUUUCCAUCCAAUAUUACAGAAUGUCACAGCAGAGAAGCUCGCUGACUGUAAUGUUUUGUUCAUCUUUGAUGGCCUGGAUGAAAGCAGACUUUCAUUGGAUUUCAAGAACAGGAAGGUUGUGUCUGAUGUCACACAGAAGUCAUCAGUCAGCGUGCUGUUGACAAACCUCAUUGAGGGUAACCUGCUUCCCUUGGCUCUUGUCUGGAUAACUUCCCGACCUGCAGCAGCCAGUCAGAUCCCUCUCACAUAUGUUGACAGGGUAACAGAAGUACGAGGCUUCACUGAUGCCCAGAAGGAGGAGUACUUCAGGAAGAAAUUCAGUGAUGAAAAGCUGUCCAACAGAAUCAUCUCACACAUCAAGACAUCCAGGAUUCUCCACAUCAUGUGUAUGAUCCCAAUCUUCUGCUGGAUUACUGCUAGAGUUCUGAAGUGCAUGUUGACUACAGACCAUAGAGGAGAGCUGCCCAAGACCCUGACUGACAUGUACUCACACUUCCUGCUGCUUCUUUGCUGGACAAAGAGGAAGAAGCAAAACUAUGAUGAGGAACAUGAGACGAGUCCACAGGAGCUGACAGAGGCUGACAGGGAAGUUCUUCUGAAGCUGGGGAGGCUUGCGUUUGAACAUCUGAAGAAAGGAAACAUCAUGUUCUAUAAAGAAGACCUGGAGCAGUGUGGUCUUGAUGUCACAGAGGCCUCAGUGUGCUCGGGAGUUUGUACAGAGAUCUUCAAAAAAGAGAGUGUGAUCUUCCAGAAAACAGUCUACUGCUUUGUUCACCUGAGCGUUCAGGAGUUUCUGGCUGCAGUCUACAUGUACCACUGUUACACCAACAGGAAGGCAGAGGUACUGGAGGAAUUCCUGGGAGAGGAGUACAAACUCAGGCAGUCAAAACCAAAGUCUUUCCUUGAGAAAAUUUCUGCUUAUUUCAGAAACAAUGAUAGGCAUGACCCAUCUGACAGUAAUCAUAAUUACCCAUCAUUGGAUGACUUCCUGAGGAGAGCCAUGGAGAAAUCUCUCAGAAAUGAAAAUGGCCACCUGGACCUGUUUGUUCGCUUCCUUCAUGGCCUCUCUCUGGAGUCCAACCAGAGUCUCUUGGGGGACCUGCUGGGUCAGACAGAGAAAAGUCCAGAAAUCAUCCAGAGAGUCACCAACAACCUGAAGAAGAUGAACACUCUUGAUGCCUCUCCUGACAGAAGCAUCAACAUCUUCCACUGUCUGAUGGAGAUGAACGACUGCUCAGUACAUCAGGAGAUCCAAGAGUUCCUUAAGUCAGAGAACAGAUCAGAGAAGAGACUCUCUGAGAUCCACUGCUCAGCUCUGGCCUACAUGCUGCAGAUGUCAGAGGAGGUUCUGGAUGAGUUGGACCUGAAGAAGUACAACACAUCACUGGAGGGACGCAAGAGACUGAUCCCAGCUGUGAGGAACUGCAGAAAGGCUCGACUUUCUCGCUGUAAACUCUUUGAGACUCACUGUCAAGUUGUGGCCUCAGCUCUGAAGUCCAACCCCUCCCAUCUGAGAGAGAUUGACCUCAGUCUCUACGAGCAGCAGGAUUCAGGAGUAAAGCUCCUGUCAGCUGGGCUGGAGAGUCCACACUGUAGAUUGGAGACUCUGAGAUUGAAUGGUAGCAUUUUGUCAGAGAUCAGCUUUUUAACCCGCAUCCUGUUGGAUUCAGGUGUUUGA